CUUGCAGACUAGAGAAUUAGGGUUUUGUUGAGAGCGGAAGAAUGGGGCACUCGAACGUGUGGAACUCCCACCCCAAGAACUACGGGCCUGGAUCUCGUACCUGCCGAGUGUGCGGGAAUCCUCAUGGGUUGAUCCGAAAGUAUGGACUGAUGUGUUGCAGGCAGUGCUUCCGUAGCAACGCCAAGGAAAUUGGCUUUAUUAAGUACCGUUAAGGAAUGAAUCGUUUUGUUUGGGCCUUCGUUGGGAGUCCCUGAAUUUGUGUUAGUAAUAGUUUUUUUCCCCUUUAUCUCUUGCAAGCA